UCUGUGCACCUAAAACGGCAGCAGUAGGUCUCUUCUGCCUCUGCCUCAAUUACCCACCAAACUCCCCACUCACUUCCCACUCCUCAGUCCCCACUCUCAUCUAAAACCCAAAGAAGAGCUGUCCACUAACAAGCCUCAACUUUCAUGGUGAUGGCCAGUAACUUCCUCCUCUUCUUCCUCCUCCUCUCUCUUCUCUCAACUUCUUCCUCCUCCUCCUCUUCCUCCUCAGACAAAGACCUGCUCCUCACCUUCAAAUCCUCUCUCACUGACCCCAUCUCCUCUCUCUCCAGCUGGUCCCACUCCACCCCUCUCUGCAACUGGCUUGGCGUUUCUUGCUCCAAACUCUCCCCUCCUACAAUUUUCUCUGUAGACCUCCAAUCCCUUAAACUCUCUGGUGAUAUCUCACCUUCUCUCUGCCAACUCUCCAGUCUCUCUCACCUCAAUCUUGCCCAUAACCUCUUUAACAAUUCCAUCCCCCUUCACCUCUCCCAGUGCACUUCUUUGCUCUACCUCAACCUCAGCAACAAUCUCCUAUGGGGAACUCUCCCUGACCAAAUCUCGCAGCUCUCUUCUUUGACUGCCCUUGAUCUCAGCAACAAUCACAUUGAGGGUCAGCUUCCUUUGGCCUUGGGAUCACUUGGGUCUCUUCAAGUUCUCAACUUGGGCACCAAUGUGUUCUCAGGUACCCUGCACCCUUCUCUGUUUAAUAAUUUGAGCGGGUUGGUUCAGCUCGAUUUGUCUCAGAAUCCUUCAAUGAGUUCAGUGCUUCCUGAUGAGAUUGGGAGUUUGAAGAAAUUGAAGUGGCUUCUUAUGCAAAGCUCUGGGCUUUAUGGGAAUAUCCCUGAUUCCCUUCUGGGUUUGGAUCAGAUUGAAGUUCUUGAUCUUUCUCAGAACAAUUUAACUGGAAAACUGCCUCCUGGGUUUGGGUUGGAGCUUGGGAAGUUAGUGUCUUUGGAUUUGUCUCAGAACAAGCUAUCUGGGCCUUUUCCAGGUGAUGUCUGCUAUGGGAAAGCUCUUGUCGAGGUUAGUCUUUCUCAAAAUUUCUUUGCUGGUUCAGUGCCUAAAGCUAUUGAGCAAUGCCUGAGCCUUGAGAGGUUUGAAGUGCAUAGCAAUGAGUUUUCAGGAGAAUUCCCAUCUGGGUUGUGGUCAUUGCCUAAGGUUAGGGUCAUUAGGGCUGAGAACAAUCAGUUUUCGGGGGAGAUACCAGAAUCAGUUGCAGUUCCUCUAGAGCAAGUUCAGAUAGAUAAUAAUAGUUUCUCAGGGAAAAUUCCUCUAGCUCUGGGUAAAAUUAACACAAUGUACAGGUUCUCUGCAUCUCGCAAUGGUCUUUAUGGCAAUUUGCCUGAUAAUAUCUUUGAUUCUCCCGCACUGAGUAUCAUCAACUUGUCACGUAAUUCUCUCUCAGGUUCGAUUCCAGAACUUAAGAACUGCAAAAGAUUGGUGUCUUUAUCUCUGGCUGGCAACAGUUUUACCGGAAAUAUUCCUAGUUCUCUUGCAGAAUUGCCAGUAUUGACCUACAUUGAUCUCUCUAGCAACAAUCUUAGUGGCGAGAUACCUCAAGGUCUGCAGAAUUUGAAGCUUGCACUGUUUAAUGUAUCAUUUAACCAGUUAUCGGGUUUGGUUCCUGCAUCCUUGACUGCUGGUUUCCCGGCCUCAUUCUUACAAGGAAACCCUGAUCUUUGUGGGCCUGGACUUCCCAAGCAGUGCAACGAUAGGGAAAAGGGUCCGAGAUCUCGAACUAAAGGAUUGAUCAUUGCAUUGGCUACGAUAGCCUUUGCGGUUGCAUUCAUAUUGUUGGCUUUUGGAAUUUUUGUAGCAUAUAGAUUGUAUCAGAGGAAAUCCUGUUCUAGUUGCUUGAAGUCAGUGUUCUUUUAUCCGUUGAAAAUUACCGGAGACGAACUUAUGAUGUCUUUAGAUGAGAAGAGCAACAUUGGAAGAGGUCCAUUUGGUAAAGUGCAUUUAUUUCAACUACCCAAUGGGCAAUUUGUGGUGUUGAAGAGGCUAGUAAACUCUCAGAGUUUGUCUUAUAAAAAACUGAAGGGAGAGAUAAAGACCUUGGCCAAAGCCAGGCACAAAAGCUUAGCCAAAUUAUUGGGAUUUUGCUACUCAGAAGGUGAGAUUCUUCUCAUCUAUGAAUACUACCACAAGGGCAGCUUAGGAGAUGCUCUUUCGAGUUCAAUCAUUAAGUUGAACUGGAAAGUCCGAUGCCAAAUAGCUUUAGGAACUGCUCGAGGACUAGCUUAUCUUCACAAAGAUUAUGUCCCCAGUUUACUUCAUCGGAACUUGAAGUCGAAUAACAUUCUUCUUGAUGAAGACUUUGAGCCAAAAGUCACUGAUAUUGGUCUUGAUCGUGUAGUAGGAGAGACCUCAUUUCAGUCAUCCAUAGCUUCUGAAUUGAACUCAUGCUGCAUUAUAGCACCAGAACAUGGAUGUAGUGAAAAAGCAACGGAACAAAUGGAUGUGUAUAGUUUUGGAGUUGUGCUACUAGAGCUCAUAACUGGAAGGAAAGCAGAGCAGCAAGAGUCAAGUGAGGCUCCUGAUGUCGUAAAGUGGGUGAGGAGGAAAAUUAACAUGACGAAUGGAUCAUUGCAAGUACUGGACGCAAAAAUCUCUGCCUCUUCACAAGAAGAAAUGUUACAGGCAUUAGAGCUUGCUCUUCGAUGUACUUCACUUAUGCCAGAAAACAGACCGAUGAUUGAAGAGGUUGUUCGAUUACUGGAGGCUCUUAAUUCGUCUUGAACGCUCCUAGAAUAUACUCUGGUUUGUUAUCUGUAGUGAGAGUUCUAACUAUAUUUUUCUUGCGUUAGAACCUCUAUUCUGGAGACUGUUUAUGGCAGAAAAUAGAAGUGUUACCUGGUCCUCAGUAUUUAUAUGCAACAAAUAUCAUUCGCUGAUUUCAGCUCGUUUAAUGGUUUAAAAGGCGAUAUGUCCUCUCCAUAUA